CAGCAUCCAAGCGCCCUCACUUUGGUACGGGCAACUGAUAGCCCGCUAGCAUGGAGCUUGAUGAAGGGAGAGAAAAAGAGAGGUGGGCUAGCGGGCCACCGAAGGAUUCAAGUAAGAAGUGUGGGCCUUGGACGAAACCUACGGCAGCUGCGCCUAGGGGUGGCCACAAUGUAGUACGAAUACUCCGUAGAAAGGACGGGAUAGAAAGAUAAAGAGGAAGGGUAUUUGAAAAAAAAAAAACCCCCCAGACCCACCCGUUGGAACCGGGACUGUCUUCGAUGAAGAUCCUUCGGCCCUCACUGUGUGGCUAAUGGUGGCCGGAGUGAUUAUGAAUCAGGAUCUCAGCCCCGGCCCGUGGGGUGGUGGUGGUGGUGGUGGUGUUAGAGGUGUUGGAAGAAGAAAACCCAGCUUCUGAGCUUCAGAUUACAGAUGCACGAUCGAAG